GCAGCUGUGCUUUCGACCAGGAAUAAAGAUAACACUAUCUAAUGUAAUACUGAUAUAGAAAUUAUAUUAUCUAUUAAUCUGUAUUCCGUGGUGCUAACUAGUAACUACUAAGUACUAACACUAACACUAAACUACUAAAGUACUAAAAGUAURAAGUAGUAAGUAUUAACUCAGUAACGCACYUCUCUAAGCCAAAAAAAAAUAUGUCAUUAUCAUUUUGUACUCGAAUCUCAUAUUGUUCACAGUYAUUUUUAUUAUUUAUACAAGUUGUUGUCUUUUAAGAUAGUUAAGCAUUUCAUACAAAAUUGAAUUUGAUUUUAAAAUAUAAAUCAAACAUGAGUCAUAAUCUAACUAGUAUAGACAAUUUUAAAGAAAAACCAGAAAAAAGGAUUCAACAAUUGUUGAUGUUAAGUUCAAAAAUCGAGUUGAACACAAAUAUAGCUGCUAGAAAAUAUUACCGAUCAGGAAAAGAGAUGAUCAGUAUGGCUGAUGUGUAUAUGAAAGAAAAUAAUUUGGAACAAGCGUAUAUUCUCUACAUGAGAUUUAUGACAUUAUUUUUGGAAACUAUUAAUGAACAUCCAGAUUACAAAAAUGUACCAAUUGAAGAACGCAAUUUAAAUUAUCGGGCACUCCGUGAUGUCCUUCCAAUAACAGAAAAUAUAAAAACUAAAUUAUUAGAACAAUAUAGUACAGAAUAUGAAUUGUAUCAAGAACAGAAAUCUCUUUCAGUCAAUUUUGAUUUAAGCGCCAUAACCAUUAAAUCAAAUUUAAUUGAGUUAGGUAUCUGGUAG